ACACUGGAUUAGCAUAAAGUCUUUGUUGAGCUAAUGUUUUUUUUAUUGUAUUCCAGCCGCUGGGAUGAGCGGUCGUCCACUGCUGCCGCUAUAGGUUGGUAGCCCUGUGCUAAAGGGUUACCGCUUAAUAUGGGUUAUGUUAGAAAUAUUUUUCUAAAAUAACUUCUUAUCAGCUUAGCUUUUAUUCAUGAAAUUGCUUUGAUGGACAGCGCUUGCUUAUUUUACUCUACGCAAAUAUUAACUACUAACUAACCAAGAGUGAGGUCAUGGCGGGAAAUAUCAAACUGAAGCUUUGGCGUAUCGACCGAGGCUAGGUUCGAGGUUAGUAAGUUGUUUAUUAUAUGGCUUUUUAAAAUAGAAUUGACAAGAAAACAAAUCAACUUUCGCUUUCGCGCGAAUAUCGAUUAGUUUAUCGAUCGAUAUCAAAAAGGCGGGAAAACAAGAAACACUCGCGCGCUGUCAAAUCAAAAAUGUGAAUGAGCGAAAAGAUUCAACCACAAGUAAUUGGGCGACUUUUCGGGCUAUUUUCUUUCUAUUUUCAUUUUUUGGAAGCUACAGGUUUAAUCAUAGGUGAAGUUGAUCCAAACAAUAACAAAGAAAGUCUAGCUGUCAGUCUUCACGGCAUGAAUGGACUGUUUAGUUCUAAAACUCCACGGUAUGUAGAGAACAAACUUCUGAAGGAAAAUGAAAAGGCCAAUCGCUUUGUGCUGCUUUACGAUUUGAUGGAAAUAUUGCAUUUACAAAUAACAGGUAGUACUUUUAACUUCAAGAGACUUUUCUGGGUAUUUACACCCCUUGUUAUUUAUUCAUUUGCCUUUGUUUAUCCUAUGUAUUUCUUGGCUAUCGGUGGCGCUCGCCGACUCGUUUGUCAAAAUUUUCCUCUUCAAUCUCUUCAGGAUAAUAAAACUCCGACACAGAGUGCUCGUCCAUUCCCAUUUUGUUGUUGUUGUUGCUUUGGUUUUUUGGUCGAUUUUGUUUUAGCGAAAUUCGUACAACCGAACAAAACAACACAAAAAAUCUCACAAAAUGUCCCGCUCCGGAUACGGAAAAAGACGAACCGCCGCCAACCAUUUCUGUUUCUUCUGGGUGUUAGAAUUCGAUACUCGAAUGUUCGCUGUAGCUCAUUUUGCAGUUUGAAGGUGGAAAAAAAAAUAAAAAAACAGAAGAUUGUGAAAAUUUUUUCGUAGGUCAAUACGGAAUUCCGUAAUGCCCUCAGAGACGGGCAAUACGGGAAUGUCACGAUUAUCAAUGAGCCACUCACAGCGCUCGACUAUCGUAGCCAUAUAAUAAAUAUAUAUUUCUUUUAAUUUUCAUGUUUUAUUGAAUAAAAUGAUGCUCCUUCGUCAUCCCGAAAAUAAAUGAUUUUUUUUUUCUGGCUUAAAGAAGGCCAACCAGGCCGCCAUUUUAUGCUCCCGCACAAUGCCAACUCAUUGAAUGAAUCCCUUUCCAUCGGCUAAUUUAAGCAAGUGUCUGAGAUACUUUAAGUAAAAUAUCGUAAAUAGGUUAUUAAACUUCGAUAGCGGAUGGUUAUUUCGAAUUUUCUUGCAAAUAAACAGAAUGUAUUCUCAAUUGUAACAUAUGAUAAAGGAGUGGUCGCUCGACAUUAUUUAAGAAGUAUAUCUUAUUGUUUCUUUCAUCUUUCGCUCUUUUUUCUGCCUUGCUUUAACAAGUAUGUCUUAUUGUCGCUCUAUUCUCCAGCCAGUACUAUCGGUACCAGAAUAAAAUGCUGAUUAUCAUGAAUGGGUUGAAUGUGAGUGUUUUAACAGAAAAAAUACUUUCGGUUGGCGCGAAAACAGAUUUUUCAGUGGACCAGUCAAACGCCAAGGCAAGUCAUUGACCCCUCGGACUUCAUUGAGUAAAAAGAUAACUCCUGAGCUAAAAGGUACCUGCGCGACUCUUCGCUCCAUUAGACACAGCACAAACUGAUUGUUUGGUCUACCGGUGGUUUGGGGUUACCGGCGCUGAAAGAUUAACAAAAGCAUUCAAUUUACUGCGUUGUUGUAUGAGCGAUUGCUCAGUGUGUUCGUGCAUUGGAUUAGCUUCUAAAGAAUAACAAGUCACAAGUCACUUGGGGUGAUAUUUUAAGGGCAAGAUGGCACCUCGACUCUUAUAGAAACCGGUAUAUAUAAAAGAAUUCACCGUAUCCUGGCCAUCAUCAUGUCUGAGAGGAAGGCGUGCCUCCUUUGCUUGCUCUCAGUACUUCUGGCCACUCUUCUUGUCGGGGGAGGAUUCCUUCUCGGCCACGGGUUCAAUUAUUUCAAGAGUCUCGUCUCACCUGGCUCUUCCAACAAGGUCGCUAUGCAUAAACACUUCCGGUCAGCGGUCAGUUUGGAAGAAAUAAGGAAAUCACUCAGAUACUUUUCAUCGCGUCCUCACAUCGCGGGGAGCCCUCGUCAGCUAGAGCUCGCGAACGACCUCGCACGACGAUGGAGGGAGGCUGGGUUCGACCGCGUGGAGAUGCCCCAGUACCAAGUCUUGCUGUCAUUCCCACAGAAAGACAAACCGAACCUUGUCACUCUGUUGCAUAGCAACGGAUCUAUAGCCUAUCAGACGAGUGCAGAGGAACAGGUUGUCGCUAACGAGACUCUAGUUUCCCCCUUCUUGGCCUACGCCCCGAGUGGCACCUUGGAGGGGGAGCUUGUCUACGUCAACUACGGGCGCCUCGAGGACUUCGCGCGUCUGCGGGACAAUCUCGGAAUCAAUAUCACCGGCAAGAUCGCUAUCAUGCGCAUGGGCUCCAUAUACCGCGGGGAUAAGGUAAUGAACGCUGCUGCUAACGGGGCUAUCGGUGCUAUCCUGUACACCGACCCCGAUACCUAUGCUAAAGAGGGCCAAGCCAAGAGCGAUACGUACCCCUUCACCCCGUGGUUACCCCCUGACGGGGUACAGCUCGGCUCUGUCUACUCGGAUAUGGACACCGGAGACCCCCUGACGCCUGGUCUUCCUGCGAUACCCGGCAUGCAUCGCAGGUCGUACAAGGGGAGCGGUCUACCAAGCAUUCCUGCGCAGCCCAUUUCGUACGGAGAGGCGGCUCAGAUACUGUCACGUAUGGGAGGUUUAGCAGUACCGAAAGAAUGGCGCGGGUCCCUCAACAUCAGCUACAACCUCGGACCAGAGCUAACAAACAACAUGCGAGUCAAACUAGAAGUUCACAAUAAACUAGAAAUCAAGACCAUCUACAACGUGAUCGGUACCAUAUAUGGUCAAGAAGAGCCCGACCGCUACGUGCUUAUGGGUAAUCAUAGAGACUCAUGGGUAUUCGGCGCCAUCGAUGCAUCCACUGGGACAGCGGUUACUGCCGAGAUAUCACGUGGUUUUGGGAAGUUGUUGAAGAAAGGCUGGCGGCCCAGAAGGACCAUCAUGAUGUGCAGCUGGGAUGCAGAGGAAUACGGUCUGAUUGGCUCACAUGAAUGGGUCGAGGAGCAUCACCAGGUAUUGCGUGACAGGGCCGUGACAUACCUAAAUAUGGAUGUCGCAGUGGGCGGAAAUUACGUCAUGCAAGUGGCCGGAAGUGCAAUGUUAAAAGGAGCCAUAAUGUCACAACUCAGAAAAAUCCCCGAGCCCCAGGGGAGUGGUCGAACACUCUAUGACGUCAUGGUCGAGCGGGAGCCCUCGAAAGCGGAAGUCAACAAGCCAGCCUACAAUGGCGUUGCCUCCGGAAGUGAUUAUGCCCCGUUUAGUUACUUUGUUGGGAUACCUGUGGCGGAUUUCACUUACGCGAUGGGGUAUGAGAACAAAUCAAUGUUUUACCCCGUUUAUCAUUCCAAAUACGAUACAUUCGAGUACAUGGAGAAGUUCGGGGAUCCAGGUUUUGUCGCCCACAAAGCCAUCGCGCAGUUUGGAGGUUCACUUUUGCUAAGUCUGGCAGACGCGCCAUUGCUACCACUUACGGUCGCGAACUACGCAAUCAGAAUGAACCAGUCUUUUACCAAUUUGAGAAACAGGCACCUGACUUCCUUAACUAAGCAAAACAUCACGCUGGAGUACCUACAAGGUGCCGUAUCCGACUUCCAAAGCGUUGCAAAGGGCUUCCUAGCAACCGUUGCUAAGGCCCGUUGGUCUGCUGACUGGGGAGAGUUCAGGUUAAUGCGUAGAAUUAACGACCAGUUGAUGGCUGUCGAGAAGUCGUUUAUCUACGCAAACGGACUUCCAGGGCGACCCUUAGUGCGCCACGUGCUGUUCGCGCCGGAACUUCAUAACACAUACGGGACAUCAAGUUUUCCGGGCAUCAGCGACGCAAUCUACACUGCCAGCCAAUCAGGCAAGAGAUGGGAAGAUGUUAGUAAGCAGAUUUCCAUAGCAACGCAAUGCGUGAUGGCUGCUACGGAAGCUAUCGAGCCCUUUCGGUUGUUGACAUAAACAAUCAAGACAUGAACAGCAUGUUGGCACCUAACGGCAUGUAGCUAGACACUCAACGGCAUUUUAGCACGUAGCCAGACACUCAACGGCAUGUAGGUACGUAGCCAGACACUCAACGGCAUGUAGGUACGUAGCCACACUCAACGGCAUGUAGGUACGUAGCUAGAAUAAGGUUCGGGUUGCCCUUUUUUCCUCUCAUAACUCCAAGAUAUUAGAUAUUUGAUUGAACAAUGUAUUCAGUAAAAGCAAUUCCUGGGCAAUUUCUACCAACCUCUUUCUCACGAUGUAUGUCUUGACCAACAGAAGGGGUGGUUUUUAGGUCGAUAUUGUUAAAUUCUACCAGUCGAUAUUGUUAAAUUCUACCAGUCGAUAUUGUUAAAUUCUACCAGUCGAUAUUGUUAAAUUCUACCAGUCGAUAUUGUUAAAUUCUACAAGUCGAUAUUGUUAAAUUCUACCAGUCGAUAUUGUUAUAUUCUACCAACUCGUGCACUUUUAUACACGGGUCACAAUGCAAACCAGGCCUUCUCUCCGUCUUUCGAGAGAAAACGGCCAUCAAAGCAAAGGCAUCAUAGAUAGCUUGACUAUUUUUCAUCAUAAAUCAUUCUUGAAUGAAAUGAAAAUAAAAUACAAAUCGACAGCGCGA